GGCCUUGGGGAACCAAUUGUCUGAACACUUUCCAAAGUCAAGUCAAAAAUAAUAAAACAAGGUGGAAUCUAAUUGGAGCUUUUGUGAGGUGGCUUUGAAGGGACUUUAAUUGCAAGGCUCCAAAUCUCUAUUAAAAUGAUCAAAAAUUCAGAUCUGAAAAAUGACAGAAGAAGGACGAACUGCUACAGAAACUGAGUUUGAUAUUGUUUUGGGUUUCCUUCUUCUUUUCUUCUUAUUCACUUGUUCCGGUUUAAUCUUGCACCCGCAAGCAAGAGUUUGUUCCGGUUUAAUCUUGCACCCGUAAGCAAGAGAUUUCUAAUGGAUUGAACUCUCGAGCAAGGAGGCUUGGGGAGUGGACGUACUCCGGGUUGGAGGAACCACUAUAAAUCACGGCUUGAUAUUCUCUUCCCUCUCUUUUAUUUUUCUGCACUACAUUACUCUUGUUUAUUCUGCACAACAGUUUAUAUAUAUUGAAAACUUCAUUCACGUUUUUAUAAAGGAAAUGAAAUGAGUUUUAUAUC